AUGGUCAUCUCAAAGCUCGCCACCGGCCUUGUUGGUGCUAUUGGUCUUUUCACGACUGUCAAUGCUCAACAAUUUCACGAUGAGGACCUCAUUCUCUGUGACUGUGGUAUUGGAGACAAUCCUGAUCACUCAGAAUGGUCUACUUCUCGCCAGAUGAAUUGGUACCAGGACAUCAACUGGCCCAGUUCCGCUUACAAGUACCCUGAAGCUCCCGACAUGGCUGUUGAAAUCCCUUUCAAAGAAGGCUGGUAUCCCUGGGUUCCUGCUGGUGCAACUGCCACCAUGCCUAACGGCGACGUUUGGACCGCAUAUAUUGAAGAUGGUACCCCUGAUGGCUUCAAAGCUGGAAGUGCAGUCACUACCAAAGAGGGCGGCCAAAUGCUCAACUGCUGGGCUUACCGUGGUCGCCCUGUUAGCGCUGCCAUCAACAAGACUAUCAACGACGAUGCCAUCUGCUGGAGCGCCUUUGUUUGCAAUCGUGACAAUCACCCUCCUCCUCGCCCAGCCGAUAUGGGCUCUCAGACCUCGACCCUAACUACGUCUUCGGCAGCCCCUUCUACUACCUUCUUUUCUGAACCACCACACACAGUAGUCCCAACUCAGAGCAGCGGCGGCCAGCCUGUGCCAACUUCUACUCCUCAGACGGGCCAGCUCGCUGUCUAUUCUACUGUCAGCCCUCGUUUCAUUAACUGGCAAAAAUCCUGGGGAGCUUUCAUCAAUAGCUUUGUCUGGGAUCAGACUACAGGUAACUGUGUUGGGGGUCCCAUCAAAGGACAGGGUUAUACAAUCAAUGUCGAGUGUGCGGGCGUCAAGAUUGAUGAUGAUACCCACAUGACGCUCCUUCUUAUCAAGGCCCUUCGCGAUGUUGGCCUUAAGAGUUUGUGGUUCAACCAGAAUCCUGCCAUUCCUGGUAUCAACGGAACCAACAUUACCGCACCCAGCUGGGUAGUUAUGCCCGAGACCUUCACCAUUAGAGCCACGGACCUGUCAAACCGGAAUGUUGUCGGCUACCUUUCAUACGCUACCAAAUAUGAUGGCUUUCUCAGUGGGCCAUGCUCGGCAUGCGAGACCGCUCGUUUCAACUCAGACUUCUUCGAUCCCAUCAUUGCUGCCGUGGAGGGCAGCUAUCCAGUAUACAGCAACUUUACCAUCGAGGCUCAGUGCAGCCCCUGGAUGGCCUGCACCUAA